UCUUCCCUUCACAAACACCGUUCUUGUAUGCUUUUUCAAGUUUAUCAACUAAUCCUCAAUUCUUUUGUAUUGUAAAAAACUGUCAAAAUACUCUCCCUUCGUUCUUCGCCAUCUUCACAAACCGUCACUCCUUCUUCAACCCCAUUUCCCCCUUUUCUUCGUUUGGACUGAUCUUAUCCCGACAAGGGGGGUGGGGGGGUUCAACACCGAUCGAUUCGAUUUCUAAACGCCCUUGUCGGAUUUUCGUCCCUUCGAUUCUUUUCUGCGUCCAUUUCUACGGGGAUUGUAUUACUUUUGGAUAAAGCAGAAAAGAAUCGGAGGUUACCACUACCAUUUGGGGCUUUAUUAUUCCAUAAUCGUAAGUGGGUGUUUAAGUUUUCGAUCAUUUGAUUCAUAUCUGAGUUGGGUUUUACCGAUUGAAUGCUAUUGUUGAAGAAUUUCGAAGUGGGGUUCGUCCAUUUGAAUCGAAUUCGAAACUGGGUCUGUCUCGUUGGUGAAGAAAUUGCAGUUUUGGGGUUAUUCUCUGUUGUAUUUUACUUUUUCUCUUCACUCUAGAGAAUUAUGUAAGGUUGUUUAUAUAUUAUUCCUGAUUGAUUGGUGGGAGUUAGGUUGUGUUUUGCUGUGAAUUGGAUGGAUUAGCUUGUAAAUCCUUGGGUUUGUUGUUGAACAUACAAAACUUUAGAUGAGAUUAUCAGGUAGGUUGAGUGAAAUCUUUGUGGGGAAAUGAAAUUUCUAAGCAUUGUUGGGAAUUCCUUUGGAUGUUCUGCUUCUGGGGAACGUUUAGUCUCAGCUGCAAGAGAUGGAGACUUGCAAGAAGCUAAGGCUCUAUUGGAAUACAAUCCUCGUCUGGUGAGGUAUUCAACUUUUGGUGUCCGAAAUUCCCCUCUCCAUUACUCUGCAGCUCAUGGCCACCAUGAGAUUGUCUCUCUCCUGCUCGAAUCUGGGGUCGAGAUAAAUCUACGGAAUUACCGGGGUCAGACUGCCUUGAUGCAAGCUUGUCAGCACGGUCACUGGGAGGUUGUUCAGACCCUUAUACUUUUUAAUGCCAAUAUUCACAGAUCGGAUUAUUUGAACGGAGGUACUGCUCUUCACUUGGCUGCUCUGAAUGGUCAUUCUCGGUGCAUCCGACUUCUGCUUGCUGAUUAUGUACCCAGUACACCAAAAUUUUGGACUAACAACGAAGAACCAGUUUCUAAGUUCGAUUUUAGUGUUCUCAAGGAGGUGGUUAACAGAACAUCUGAUGGAGGCAUCACAGCGCUGCAUAUGGCAGCGCUAAACGGGCAUGUUGACAGUGUGCAAUUACUUUUGGACUUAGGUGCCUCUGCUUCUCAGGUUACUGUAGAAGAUGGAACCACCAUCGAUCUAAUAGGAGCUGGAAGCACAGCCCUUCAUUACGCUGCAUGCGGCGGGAGUGCCCAAUGUUGUCAAAUGUUGCUAGCCAGGGGAGCCAGUCUUACUGUUCAAAAUGCAAAUGGAUGGACUCCCUUGAUGGUUGCUCGUUCAUGGCACCGAGACUGGCUCGAGGAAAUUCUUAGCAAAGAACCUGAAGAAGCAGCCACAAAUCUUGUCCCUUCACCAUAUUUGACCCUUCCCCUUAUGAGCAUUGUUAAAAUUGCUAGAGAAUGUGGAUGGAGAAGUUGUGACUCGUUACUUGCAAGCCAAGAUCCAUGUGUUGUCUGUUUGGAGAGAGAAUGCACUGUUGCUGCACAAGGUUGUGAGCAUGAAUUCUGCACAAGCUGUGCGCUAUAUCUCUGUUCUACAAACUGCACAUCAUCAUGUUCUCAUGGUCCACCCGGUUCAAUCGCGUGCCCGCUCUGCCGAAAUGGCAUAGUUUCCUUUGUUAAACUUCCCAAAACAAAGCCAAUUGCCAAAGAGAUAGCCAGAACAAGUUUGUCUCUAUCAUUCUGCACUUGUUCUAGUGAGGUACCUGAACCACCUCCCACAUUGACCACCCCAUUAUACAACCCUGAGUUCACUUGUUCCCAAAUUUCCCCGCCCGGAGCAUCGUGUCGACCCCUCAACUGUCAAAGGUUUCCUUCAAUGAUACUCAACUCCAAUCGUUGUAUGGGAGCUCCUCACAGAAGUAGCUCCUCUUUGAUUCCUAGCAAUGUUGACAGAAACACAAGGAACAAUAUUGAAGGUAGGAGUUCAUGGUUUUCUGCCCUGAAUCAUGUAAUGAAUGGUUGCGGUUGCUGAUAAUUGUUUAAGGUGGAAACAUUUUGUUUGAAGUUAAAUUUUUCUCACAUUAUUCUUUUGAAUCCCUUCCAUGUAAAAGAAGGGAAUGCUUGAGUUUUGGUGAUACUCAUAAAUGGGUUGUAGAUAUCCAAUUCAAAAUUCAAAGAUAUUCAAAGAAAAGUAUAAAUUUUCCUCAUUUUGUAUGAA